AUGUCAAACUAUCAUGUCGGACCCUUCGGUCGUAUGUUACCCACCGCAGACGAAGCACCCUCGGAGCAACAACCGGAGCGUUCAGCUAAUUUAGCAGCCCAUGGGAAUAACCCAUACCAGCUUCCCCCUCCACGGAACCUACAGUUUGGAUCGGACCAGUACAUGCGACAGCGCCAAGCACCUGAGAGCUCCGAACCGGCAGCUAGUCUUCCUCUGGCAGAUACUGGAUCGCAGCGCCGUCAGACUGAGCAACUUCCUUCCGUCAGACAGCUGUUAACCCCGACGACUGGCUCCAGCUCGCCUCAGCCAUAUUAUUCACAACCAUUUGGAGUACCCGCACCUGCACUUGAGCGUCGAGAUCACACAUACACGUUUCGGCAACAUGAAUCAAGCCUGUCAUCCCACGUAUCUCCGUCUGAGGGCCUCUCAGAACCUCUGUCUCAGUCGCAUAUCGGCAGUCUCCCACGAUUGGCACGAGUCACCAUGCAAAGUCCCGGAGAGAUUAAGCAUCACGCAGUAACCCGGAGCGAUUCUUCUGUCCCGUCAUUUCAGCAUUCACAGUUGCCAGUACAAGGAACGAUAUUUCACGAAAAGGCAGCGAGUGACAUGUCAUCGCCAGAGACAACGAACCGACCACAUAGACGUUCCGUGCGACCCCAUGUCGUUGAUGAGCGGUAUAUCGAAGGAGAAGGAAUUUGCUAUGUAUAUGCAGAUGGAUCCCAUUGCCCUAAGGCUGUCGACGGAAUUCCGGUGAAUGCAAACUGGGGGGUCACCAAAGCAGGAAGACCCAGAAAACGACUGGCACAGGCAUGCUUGACCUGUCGUGAGAAGAAAAUCAAGUGCCAGCCAAACCUUCCAAAAUGCGAUCAGUGUCAAAAAUCUGGACGAGAAUGCAGAUUUGAGAGUGCUCCGCGUGGGGGGCGAGGCUCGUUAAAAGGAUCCCAAUCAGGACCAGCCAGCAAAGAAGGGUUCUCUCCUGUUGGUCAUACCGGUUCGGAUGUUUCUCCAUCCAUGUACAAUAUUGUUCGGGGGUCCAACAGCUCUACCUCCCUUGCGGGAACCAGUGGACAUUCGCCAAUAUCCGAAGGGCCCAGUAUGGGAGAAACCACCUACGAGACUAUGGCCGAGGCAGACCGAGCGUAUCGGUCUCGAAUGCACAGAAUCCCGCCAUCCUCAUCCAUCUCUGGGGAUACAUCUACACGCCAACCAGAAUCCGCCGAACCGGAUCGUUUACCUGAAUAUUCCGAUGUUCUUCGUGAGCUCAAGGAUGCUGACCCCGAUGAUCCACUUGUGAAAUCGUGGAACUUAGAUCCAUAUGAUGCCGACCCAGAGAUCACUACGCGUUUGGUGGACUGCUACUUCUCUCAUAUCAACAAUGGGUUGUACCACAUGUUUCCUCAUACCCGAUUCAUGUUAUGGCUAAGGUCCUGUCACACCAAGUCUACUGAGGACAAGAUGCUGCUCUAUUCGAUGAUGGCCCUGGGCUCUGUAUUCUCGGAGCAUCCUGACAACGUGGUCUCGUUUAGACGAUAUUCCCGCAUCGCACGUUUUGCCAUUAGUCGAAAUCAAUACAGCCUUUCUUUGCAACUUGCCCAGAGUCAUCUCAUUAUGAGUCUCUGGUACUAUGCCACCGGGUCCUUGGUUGGGUGCUGGGACUCCAUCGGGGCGGCAGGGCGAGCGGUAUAUGGGCUUCGAUAUAAUGUGGAGUCUGGUGGCGUUGUUUUAGACCAAAGCCACGCUUGUGAGUAUGGCCUGCAUCCGCAAGCAUUGAUCGAAUGCCGUCGUCGGACAUUUUGGGCAACAUUCAUGUUGGAUCGCUUUUCGAGUCUCUAUUCAGCGUCUUCCACCUUGAUGUCUUCAGAAUCGGCUCUCCUGCGACUGCCCUGCCAAGAGGAUGUCUAUGAAACGCAGCAAUACGCUACAGCACCUUACUUCCAAACUAUCCUGAAUCAAACCCCUUCCGAAACAGAAGACAAUCGGUCUGUGCUGAGCGCUAUGGCAAUCCUGAUCGAGAUACUGGCUUACUGGGGUGAUGUUUCACUCCAUGUCUUCCGACUACCCCAUAUUCCAUCCGAAGCGUAUGGCCGGUUGGCGGAAGAAUUCCACGAGUCCAUCUACCGACAGACAAGCGAUUGGAUUGUUCGACUGCCCGAGCAUCUGGUAUUUUCCGUCAUCAACCUUGAGCAAAGCAUCCGGACAAAGCAGGCAGAUACAUUCAUCUCGAUCCACAUGCUUUAUCAUGGCACUUUGAUGAAGUUGUACCGACAUGCUCGGUAUCAGAGCCUCCGAGCCGAAGUUCUAGACCAGUACAUUCGCCGUGCUCGAUUCCAUGCUGUGGAAAUUUUGAAAAUCGCCCUCGCCUUUGAUCAAUAUGCCGACGAAAUCGAGUCCUCUCGCUCCAAUGCAGAUCCUAUGUCUCCAAGUGUGACCUUCCUAAAUCCCUUUCUGGGGUACAUCAUUCUCAUGGCCGUGGAUGUUCUCAGUGCUGCGGGUUUGACGUCCGAGCUCUCAGACUGUGUGUCCUUGAUUCGAGGUGCCCUCGGUGCACUCAAAAAGCUGAGCAGGUACUGGGACAGCUCUUUGCUGCUGGUGUCAUCUUUGCAGAGACGUACAGCGGCGAUGGCUGAUUGCUUGAAUGACCGAGUUCGUAUGGAAGAAACGCUUGGCUUUGCUCUGGACGGGCCGUCGCUCGAGGCCAAGGUUCACGCUGGCACACUUCCUUCGCAAUUUCCUGGCUCGCACAGUGAAGACCUCUUUUUGGGAGCCAUGCCUCGAGAAUAUCUUUUAAAUGCCAUGCGGGUUGAUGAUAUCUCUUUUCCUCCUGGCAGCAUUAUUUGGAUCAAGGACCAGUGA